CAGUGUGACUCCGCUCUUCCACUCACCUUUCUUUCCGCACUCGGUUUUCUAUUUACUCAUUUCCUGCACUUGAGUUAUAAUUUUUCCCUCUUUAUAUGGAGUUAUUUAUCAUUCGGUUGAAUUUUCAAUCAAAAUGUACCCCUGAAAACUUUGAUAAAUAAACGCGUUUGUAAAUAAACAGCCCCGCGCUGUUAUCAUGGUUUUAUGUUUGGACAUGGUUCCUCCAGAGUCUGCGUUGUACACACCCACUUUUAAGGAUUUUGCUUCUUUCGUUUUCAUUUCCCGGAAGGUUGAGUUUUGUCCGACAUUAUUAUUCAACUUCCAUGUACAAAAAAUGGAUUUUGGGCAGAUGUGACCACACGUUUGUCCAAUUUACUGGGUUGUAAGUGUAUUCGCUUACAAAGAAAUAACUCGUUUUUUUCUGCAGCCGAAGAUAUAAGUGACUUCUUUCAUGGCGAGCACUUCCCCGUCACCUCAGAUAAAGCAAGAAAACAAUGCAAAAAGCCUGUCAUCUGCACAGGAGACGCAAAGCAGUCUUCCUCCAAAUGUGCGUCACUCCCCCCAGAAUCAGGAUCCAGUGGUCAGCCCACCCACUAAUGAGGACCUGUGGCAUCUACCUGGACGCCUCAGAAUCAACCCAUCUCUGUGGGAUAAAGAGGAUGUAGCCCACUGGCUCCACUGGGCUCAUAAGGAGUACUCACUGCAACGUGCAGAAAAGACCCGCUUUGAGAUGAAUGGAAGAGCUUUGUGUCUUCUCACCAAAGAGGACUUCAGACGACGCUGCCCCAGUUCAGGUGACGUUCUGUAUGAGAUUCUUCAGUGUGUGAAGCAACACAGGAGAAGUGUUGUCUGUGAGACCCCUAAAGUGGGGACAUCUGGGAGUGAAAUCAGCUGCCAGGUGCCUCCCGGGUCACUUCCAGAGCAACAGUCUUUGACAGUCAGAGACACCUCAGUUUCCGCUCUCGCCACCUCUGCAGUUUCUGCAGCUUUCACAGCCACCGUGAGCAGCCCAACGGAGACGCUGCUCCCACCCAGGAAUCACCUGACCCUGGUGUCAUACUCUGUCUUCCCCGCAUUCAGCAAUGGAUCAGCUGUGGUCUCUGUUGCCCCCAACAAUCAACUUCUAUGUCUGCCACAAACAGAAAGCUCCCCUCAAGAGCCUCUUAAUCUGUCCAGCCGAGAAAGGCCAAGGAGUCCGCUGCACAAAGCCAACGGCCGCAUCCCAAAGUGCAGAUUACUUUGGGACUACGUGUACCAGUUAUUGUGCGAUGACCGCUAUCGAGACUACAUCCGGUGGGAAGACGAGGACAGCCUGAUAUUCAGGGUGGUCGACCCCAACGGAUUAGCUCGUCUCUGGGGGAACCACAAGAACAGAGAGAACAUGACCUAUGAGAAAAUGUCCCGUGCUCUACGACACUACUACAAGCUGAACAUCAUCAAAAAGGAGCGAGGACAAAAACUCCUCUUCAGGUUUCUGAAACUGCCGCAGGACAUCCGGGAACAGCAGGGGGAGGCUGCUGUAUCCCCGGAUCGCACUCCACCUCCAGAUGAGUUGAGUGACGAUCAUUUCGAGGUUUCGCCCGAUCGGUCUUCUCCACAGCCUCCCACAAGCGCUCCAGUAACAUAGAAAAAUCAUGGAAAAGUUUGAUGCAAAUUGUGUGUAAAUAUAAUUAUAUUUGCUUUUUGCGUGAGUGUGAUCCAGCUAAACACUAAGAGAUGAUAAAAAAGGUGCAGCUAUGCAGCGAACUAAUCAUGUGAACUUUAAUUUAACACACUUGCCUUACCUAAUUUCAAUACAGAUGCAAUUUUUUGGUUCACAGCCUACAAUUAUACAAAUCUUUCAAUAUGCAUGGGGGCAUGAUGUUGGACUGCUUCACUUCUACAGAAAUGAGUACGGGAUAAAAGGAAUCAAGCAGGCAUAGCUGUGUUUGCACAAAACAGUUUGAUUUUUUUUAAAUAACAUUUUUAUUUUUCUAAUGCUAAGCUAUUUUAUGUUUUUUAUGGUUUCUCUCUGCUUUUGAAAUUAAAUAUUUUUAAAUAUCAAACAAAAUGAGUAUUUUUUAUUUUAACAAGUAGACUGAAAUGUCACCAAAAAUGCGUCAAUAUAAACCAAGAAA